CUCUCUCUCUCACAAGUACAGAUACAAACACAAAAAUAGCCAUGUGGCUCACCCUUUGUCUCCUGGGUUCUGCCCAGACAUCUCUCCUAUUUAAAGUCCAAGAACUUUAUUUCUCACAAACCACAUUUCUGUUAGCCUUCUCUUCUCCACGUUUAAACUCUCUCUCUCUCUCUCUCUCUCUCUCUCUCUCUCUCCCCGAGGCAGCAACUGAAUUGUAGAGGAAACAAUGUGUUUGAACUCAGAAACGUCUCCAUCUAGUCCUCUUUACUCUUCUUCUCGCCUUCGAAGGCCAUCAAAGCAAAACAACUUUCGAGUUCGCCGCCUAAUUAACAGGAACAGGAAGGGAAGACCAGGAGAGGCAGCAACAGAGGCAGAGACAGGAGGAGGGGCAAAGAUAGAGCUGCAAAUGAAGAACUUGAAGCUUUACAUGGAGAACCAGAUCAUUAUAGAAGACAAUAACAAGCUGAGGAGAAAAGCGCUGCUUCUCAUCCAAGAAAACCAGGCCUUGUUUUCACAGCUCCAACAAAAGCAGCUUUCUCUCACCAAAACAACAGCAGCAGUAUAAAAUGCAUGCAGAUGCACUAAUAGUCCUAUGAAGCUGAAACAUCGAUCAUAGCAGUACUACUAGACGAAUUAUGUAAACGCAUAUAUAUUUAAUGCUUAAUUUUCAAUUUUCAUCAGAAAAAGUUUAAAUAAGUAGCAGGGACCUCUCUUAGCCUUAAUUUGUUCCUUCAUCUCCUUGUUGGGGGACUGAUAUUAUUCCCCCCACCUCACUUUAUUUGUGGGAUAAUUUUGGUUUAGGUUGCAAACAAAUAAUAAAAUAAGGUAUGCUAUAUGGAUGAUUUACA